CUAACCCAAAUUCAUCGGUCGUGUCGGUCAGUUGUUUCCCCAUUUUUGAGGAGCGUGUGACUAUUUCUCGUCGUUUGGUGUUCGGUUAUUAGCAGUGAUCAUGACCGAGGACGUUAGUGUUAUGAUACAAAGAGGCCUGUCCGAAUGGUGGAGCGAGGAAACCGAGUAUAUCUUCCAACGAAUCGAAAGAUGGGCCGCGUAUGCGAGAGGCUACAACCGACUGAGGUCUCAGAGGUUAUCCAGAGGUCGCUUGACCAUGCAAGGAGGCCAGGAACGACGCUGGAAUAUCUCAUCCAACAAACUGGUCAUCGACGAUUCGUCCUGGAGCCCACGUUUUCACACUCUGAAGAAGUCCCGACGAAAAUCUCGGCCAGAGGAAACCAAGAUCAACUGUUGCGGGACCUUCAACUACCAGUCGAGUAGCAAUCUGGACAGCUCCUGCUUAGAAACCUAUAGAUACGAUCACAGCAUUUAUUUCAAGACGAUUGGUGACAUUAGAAAUGGCAAGAAAGAGAUCAGUGGCAGCAAGGACGCACAGGAGGAUCGAGUUUCUAUUAGCAGCGAGGAGUUAGUCGAAUGGGACGUUGAAAGCGUGUCAGAUUUUAUCGCGAACCAACUACUGGAAGACAGAUACACCGGCAAUAACGACGAAAACGUUUUCGAUUCUUCGGAGAGUCCUAGCCAGACCGAAAACCUCGACUCUGUCACUUGGCACAACGUAGACUUGUCUAAACUUGAGUUAAACGGGAACGAGGUUUCUGUUGCCACCAUCAACGAGGAAUGUGAUGAUAAUAAUUUGACAGUCUGUGAAAACCCGGAGGAAAGGAAUAAUAAUUAUGUAGGGAGCGAGGAGUCAGUUACAGAUGCGAAUUUGGAGAAUCAAAUACGGUCGAAUCGCGUGGUCGAGGGUGAAAAUAACGCGGAGAAAACGCAGGAAGAGGAAGAGGAGAACGAGGAGCAGGGAAUAAAGAGGUUCCUUGAAAUUCGAAGAACUAAAAGAGCGUAUAGAACGGUUAAGCAGCUACCAAUAGUAGGUGACAACGAAGUGCUUUGGCCAAGUGUUUUAUUGAAUUAUACCAAAAACAUCGACCCUUCCAAUUCGCCGCAUCAUUAUAAUAAAUUACGGAAAUAAAUUAUGUCAUCAUUUAGUCGUUAUGAUCGAUUACGGAUAUUAAGUAAAAUUAAGUUUCACAGAUGUUUAAAUGUUUAAGUAACAUUACACGUACCACACGAUCACCUUUAUCUCACU